GGUCACUGACCACCAGAAGAAGCAGAAACCGGAAGCUGCUAGCAGAGCUAGCUUGUUGUUGUUCUGGUGUGUGAGGAGAAUAUUUGAGGCUCUGCAGUAAAAAUGUCUUCACUUCAGUCUCUGGGAGAGUUGAUCAGCUAAAGCGACUAACUGCUGCUGCUGCAGAAAUCUUCUCACCAGGCUGUGGAAACUUUCUUCUCCUCCUCAACAACUUGGUGGAGUUCUUUCCAGAACCAGAGAAGAUAUUCUGCGGUCUUCGUGACAAUCGGAGCUCCAGAAUCAGGUUGUGGGUGAGAAAAGCUUUUCUCUAGACUUCCUGCCCUCUGGAUCUGCUGCUGUUCCUUUGGCCUCUCUGAGAAACGCGCUCGUUUUGCUGCUUUCAUCAGAUUGAAGAGGUUCCCUCUAUCAGACUCGCUCAUCUGAGUUGGUCAUGAUGCAGGAUCGCUGCUCGCUCUCUGAUCCAUCCUGCUCACACUCUCCGACGGAAAAGCCCCGAAUCUGAAUGUGACUCUGGAGGAAAAAGCGGUUAGCUCUACUCCGUGAACUCUGCUGUUAGCUAAACACGGCUAAAGAAAACCUGCUACCACUUCAGGAUCUGGGACUGACUCAUCGUGUGUUCUUCACCACCUGGACCUGGACAGCAUGGACACAGAUGUUCAACAGGUGGUUCUGGUUAAAGAAGAAGCUCCUGAAGAGAAGAGUGCUGGUGUGGACCAACAGGACCCAGAACACCUCCACAUAAAGGAGGAACAGGAGGAACUCUGGACCAGUCUGGAGGGAGAGCAGCUUCAUUUGAAGGAGGAGACCAAUGGUGUCAGGUUUCCAAUAACUGCAGUUUCUAUAAAGAGUGAAGAUGAUGAAGAGAAACCUCUGUUCUCACAGCUUCAUCAGCAACAAAUAGAUGACAGAAAUGUCCCAACCAGCAGCUUAGCUGACCAGAUGACAGCAGAAACUAGCAGGAACUCAUAUCUGAACCCAUGUGAACAGACUGAUACAUCAGAGACUGAAGUUAGUGGAGAUGAUGAAAAAGAGUAUGAUGACGUGAAUCCAGGAUCUGAGCUAUCAGACUCUGGGUCUGAAACUGGAGACAAAGACAAUGACAGGAAUGAGUCAGGCGUUAAUUCUGUCAACAAAUCCUUUAGCUGCCUUGAGUGUGGUAAACGAUUUCUCCACAAGUGGUCUCUCCAGAAACACAUGAGAGUGAAAGGUCAUUCAGCAAUAAGGUCUUCAGGCUGUUUGGUUAAUAUGAAAUGUGUUGAAGUGAAGACACAUGUAGACUCGUGCAGGAAAGUUAAAAAACAACCAAAAUUAUUUAGUUGUGACGACUGUGGAAAAAUAUUUAGUUAUAAAAGAAAUCUAAACAUUCAUGUGAGAUUCCACACAGGACAGAAACCUUUUAGCUGUGAGCAUUGUGGACAUAGAUUUACUAGUAAGAAAACUUUAAAUGGACACAUGAGCAUCCACACAGGACAGAUGCCUUUUACAUGUGAAGUCUGUGGACAAAGAUUUAGACAAAAGAAAAAUUUAAACAGACACAUGAGCGUCCACACAGGGCAGAAACCAUUUCCCUGUGAGCUCUGUGAACAAAGAUUUAGACAAAAGACAAAUUUAAACAGACACAUGAGCGUCCACACAGGGCAGAAACCUUUUGCCUGUGAGCUCUGUGAACAAAGUUUUAUUCAAAAGACCCAUUUAAACAUUCACAUGCGAGUCCACACAGGACAGCAACCGUUUGCCUGUGAACUCUGUGGACAAAGAUUUAAUCUAAAGACACAUUUAAACACUCACAUGAAAGUCCACACAGGACAAAAACCGUUUGUCUGUAAACUCUGUGGACAAAAAUGUGAUCGAAAGGCACGUUUAAACAUUCACAUGAGAGUCCACACAGGACAGCAACCGUUUGCCUGUGAACUCUGUGGACGAAGAUUUACUGAAAAGCAAAAUUUAAACAGACAUAUGAGCGUCCACACAGGACAGAAACCUUUUCCCUGUACACUCUGUGGACAAAGAUUUACUCAAAAGACAACUUUAAACAGACACUUGAGAGUCCACACAAGACAGAAACUAUUUGCCUGUGAACUCUGUGGAGGAAGAUUUACUGCAAAGCAAAUUUUAGAAAAACACGAGUGUCCACACAGGACAGAAUCUUUUUGUUUGAACUCAGUAGACAAAGAUUUAAUCGAAAGACAAAUUUGAACCGGCACACAAGAGUCCGCACAGGACAAAAGCCUUUUUGCUUGUGAGCUCUUUGAACAAAGAUGCUACCAUAAGACAUGUUUAAAUCUUUUAGAGUCCACACAGGACAGAAACCUUUUACCCGUGAGCUUUGUGGACAUAGAUUUACUUGUAAGAAAACUUUAAAUGGACACAUGAGCGUCCACACACGAUAGAAUCCUUUUGCCUGUGAAUCUCUGUGAACAAAGAUUUACUCAAAAGACCCAUUUAAACAUUCACAUGAGAGUUCACACAGGACAGAAACCUUUUCCCUGUAAAUUCAGUGGACAAAGACUUACUCAAAAGACGAGUUUAAACAGACACGUGAGAGUCCACACAAGACAGAAUCUUUUUUUUGGAACUCAGUGGACAAAGAUUUAAUCGAAAGACAAAUUUAAACCGGCACACAAUAGUCCACACAGGACAAAAGCCUUUUUGCUUGUGAGCUCUUUGAACAAAAUUGCAACCAUAAGACAUGUCUAAACAUUUUAGAGUCCACAUAGGAAAUAAGCCUUUUGCCAGGAAACUCUUUUGACAAAGAUUAAAAACAAAACAAAAAAACAUUUAAAGAAACAUAUGAGAAUCCACAGAGAACACAAAGAACUAAUUUACCUACUAGUAACUAACUAGUUAACCGAAAGGGACCAUUGUAGAUUAUACAUCCUAGAUGUCAGUCUGGUACCCCUAGAUGUCCUUUAGUGUAGAUCAGGGCCACAUCUCUGGCCCACUUCUUUCUGCUCUGUGAUCUACAUAUUGUGGCCCCUGGAAGUGGAAAAUGUUUUACUAAAUCCCUGUUUGCAUCAAGAGGUGAUGCAGAAUUGUUGAUGUCACUAAUUAUUUCUCGGCUUUUCCACUAGAUUCAGAAGCAUUGCAAAACCUAGUAUGCAGCAAUUAGCUGCUGUUAUAGUGGAUAGGUGGGUUUCCAUUGACCACAAAAUGUUGUUUUUCUAGAAUCUCCUUAGUUCAGAUAGGCCAGCAGCAGUGUCCAUCAUCCAGAAACUUUUAACCUAAAAGUCACGUGCAGAUCUGCAGUUACCUAAUUAGUAAAAUUCAUUACCUGUGAAAUUUCCUUGACUGAGGAAAACGGAACAGAAAAAUAAACACAAACCAUUUUGCGUA